CCACCGGCUCUCGCUGGAGCCCCACCAACUGCCACAAUUGCGUCCAACGAUUGGAAUGGGAGCGGGAGCCCUGGAGAGGGCAGGCAGGAUGGGGGAGACGGCUUGGAAAAAUCGUUGGACAAUGAUGCCGAGGGAGUGUGGAGUCCUGACAUUGAGCAGAGCUUUCAGGAAGCAUUGGCAAUAUAUCCACCCUGUGGGCGACGGAAGAUUAUCCUGUCUGAUGAGGGCAAGAUGUACGGCCGUAACGAGUUGAUAGCGAGAUAUAUCAAGCUACGGACUGGCAAAACACGGACAAGGAAGCAGGUGUCUAGUCACAUACAGGUGUUAGCCAGGAAGAAAGUGCGAGAAUACCAAGCAAGCAUCAAGGUGUCUAGUCAUAUGCAGGUUCUUGCCCGAAGGAAAGCUCGUGAGAUUCAGUCCAAGCUAAAGGAUCAGGCCUCGAAAGACAAGGCCCUGCAGAAUAUGGCCGCCAUGUCGUCAGCGCAGAUCGUUUCAGCGACCGCAAUGCAGAACAAAUUGGGGAUAACGCCCAUCCCUCAAGCUCCCUACCCAGCAGCAGCCAGGUUUUGGCCUGGUUCCCUUCCUGGACAGCCUGGGUCCUCUCAAGACAACAUCCCAGAGCUGGCAGGCUGUGUAUGGAGGUCCCGAGACAAAUGGAGCAGCACACCCCCUGAGGGCCCAAGUGUGAAGCCAUUCGCCCAACCAUCAUAUCCCAUUCAGCCAACAGUUCCACCAUCCAUCGCAACAGGUUAUGAACCAUUGGGCCCUCUCUCACCACCUGCGACUAUCCCAGUGUGGCAGGACCGAACCAUCGCCUCCACUAAACUCAGAUUGCUGGAGUACUCUGCUUUCGUGGAGGUGCAGCGAGACCCAGACACGUAUAACAAGCACCUCUUCGUUCACAUUGGUCAGACAAACCCAUCCUACAGCGACCCAUUACUGGAAGCCGUGGAUAUCCGUCAGAUCUACGACAAAUUCCCAGAGAAAAAGGGCGGGUUGAAGGAGUUGUUUGAGAAAGGACCACAGAACGCCUUCUUCUUAGUAAAGUUCUGGGCGGACCUUAACAGCAACAUCCAGGAUGGGCCGGGAGCUUUCUACGGAGUCAGCAGCCAGUACACCAGCUCUGAGAACAUGACCAUCACCUGCUCCACUAAAGUCUGCUCUUUUGGAAAACAAGUCGUGGAGAAAGUGGAGACAGAAUAUGCCAGGCUGGAGAAUGGAAGGUUUGUGUAUCGGAUCCACCGCUCCCCAAUGUGUGAAUACAUGAUCAACUUCAUCCACAAACUCAAGCAUUUACCAGAGAAGUACAUGAUGAACAGUGUGCUAGAGAACUUCACUAUCCUGCAGGUUGUGACCAACCGGGACACCCAGGAGACCCUGCUGUGUAUAGCGUUUGUAUUUGAGGUGUCGACAAGCGAACAUGGUGCACAACAUCACGUUUACCGGCUGGUGAAGGACUAGGAGCUCACCCCACCCCCAACAAACCUCCCCUACACAGUGGGUGCUACUGCCUGCCAUUAAUCUACACACCUUGGUGCCUGCUCAUUUUUACCAAAUGCAAAAAAAAUCUAUUUUUCACAGAAAUACAGAUAUUUUUACAUUCGAACAAAUGUAAAAAAAAAUGCAAAAAAAAAAGAGAACUGUUGUGAAGUCAAAAGAACAAUAUUCUGCACUACUUCUGUGAGGGUCAUGUAUGUGUGUGUGUGUUUUAAUUUCCUCUCUCCAGAACUCGAGCUCAGUGAGAGGUAAUGGUACGGUUUUUCUUCCUUUUUUUUAAAAAAGAGAAUAAUAUUUACACUUCAGGGAUAGUAAGCAUUGGAUAAGGAUCACUUUCAGAAAGUAAUUGUUAAUGGGGGCUUUGUAGGAGCGUUGCCUUCUCACCAUAGUUUGUUCGAUGGAGGGGUACAGAGAGUUAAAAACGCCGCCAUUUUGUUUGCUUCUGAUCACAAAAUGGCGGCCGUGCCUUUGUCAGUCCUUGCCAUCCAUCAGGGUGCUUGGUGGAAGUUUGAUGUCGUCACCCCUUCGAUUUCUCAAAACAAUUCUUUCUGGAUGACAGGAGGGCAGGUGACUUGGGUCAAAGUUCCAGGAUAAUGAGAGUUAAUUAGAAGGCUCCCUUCCCAGUUUGCAUUUCUCCUUUCUGACAGACCUGAUUAGAUAAUAGAAGGUAGACACAAUGGGUUUAAAAGAUGGUUAAAGUGAAGGCUGGCAUUAUAAAGGGCAGGUUUCCACCGGUGCCCCCAUUUCCCUUCAGGUUUCAAUUUCACAUGAAACUAGUGACUUGCUUUUCCCCCCAGGGAGGUUCUCACCUCCAGUAUUUGUAAGGUUAGAAUGCAAAAGCAGGGCAGCUUUUUCCCAUCUGAUACUCCCCUUCUGAGGGCACUGGCUCAGUUACCUAGACAUUAGCUGCCCCCUUGUAGAUGAAUUACAUGAUCAUUGUUCAUUUGUGCUUCUACAGUGUGGACAUUGGCACAGUUUUAACCAUAGUGGAACUGCUAAUCCAAUUGAGAGAUUAUAAUCAGUUCUCCGCAAAGCAGUUCGACUCUUUAUGGUGGCAGGUACUGACUGUGGGUAUAUGAAAGCAAACUAAUGAAGUCCAGGAAAGAUGUAUACAUUACCUGCCUCAGUUUUGGCCAGUAUUCUCAAAGUCAACAUGGGCCUCAGAGACAAGGCACCCCCCAGCUGAGUGAGUUUGUCUGUAGCAGCUAAAAAGAGGCUACUGUUCUGAACUACUGUGACUGGUCCUGCCCUUCCCCUGGAGUUCGAAAACUUUUCAUGUCAGAAGAUACACAGUCGAACACUCUCUUCUGGAUUACUUACUGUUAUGAUUCAACCGGUGAACGAUAGAAAGGGCCUGCAUUUAUAUAGUGUCUUUUAUAGCUUUCGAAUCCCAAUGCACUAAAGUACUUUUGAAGUGUAGUGCCUGUUGUAGUGUAUUGAAUGUGGCAGCCAAUGUGCACACUGCAAAUUUGAUCAACAGCAAAAAGUGAUACUGAGCAGAUCAUCUAUUGAGUUGGCAGGUCAUGCUGAUUGGGGCUGUGUUGGCAGUGGGUAUGGUGGGUUGGUGUUUGGGCUGAGCAUUGAAUACAUAUUUAGUUGCAAAAGACUGAAGAGGUGCCUUCUGAAUGCCACUAAAUGGCUGUACUACACCCGAGAGAUUCCAGUUGUCUGUAGGGGUUGUUGGAGUGUGAUAAAGGGUCUGUUCUCUCCACUGUCUUCUCCUUGUACUGUUGCAGGGGAACAGGUUAGAACAUUGUUGUAUUUGAAAAGAUGGUAAGAGGGGCUUGUAAUGUACUGACCUUUAAGGCUGGAGACUGCACUGGAACGUGGGUAGGUAAUGGAGAUGGGGACAAGUGAAAGGAAACAGGAAUUUCAGGAACUAUCUGCCAUGUCUCCCGCCUUCAUCUCCAAACAGCCUCAUUUCCUAACAGGGAGGGAGGCAGGAGGAGGAGUAGAGUCUGAGGAGGAGGUUACAGUCCUGACUCAACGGCUUCAUUCUAAUCAAUGGGAUAGUGUGUGGGGGUUGUUGAUUGGUGGAAAGAGGCCGUGUUUGAAUGCAACUGUGUUGUCUGGUAUGUUUUGGCUGAGGAGAAAGUGGCUUUCCUGCUCCACUUUCUUCCCACGUUUUCAAAUCCCAUCGGAGAAAGUACCCGGGGGAUUAAGUCAGCUUACUCCUGGCUGAUUGAUUAGACCGUUGCAUCAAGGGUGACUUCUGAAAGUGAAUGCUGUCGGUUUUCACCGGCUGGGCCCAGUCCUUCCCUCAACCUUCAGCAAGUAGUCAGUGUCCACCUGAUCUAAGUCUUCCUUCGUUGUGCCCCUUCACUAACCAGGACUGCUGCUUUGUGCACCUUUGUGAUUAGGGAUGGGUUGUGGUAGGAGAUUGGAGUAUUGUAUUUCUGCAUGUUCUUAAGAGUUCUUUAGUAUAGAGAUUGGGUUUUAAGAUGCAUGUUCUGACCACAUCCAGUCCCACCUUGUCUGAACCCACAACAACAGAGACCACCAGCCACCCACUUUUGUCACUUCCCCUUUACGACUAACACAAUAUAAUGCAAGUGGCCAUGACUGUAACAGAGUGAAAUAGGAGCUGUGCAAUCAAAGAUGCUGUUGAAGUCAGGUCAUCUCCAGAGUUAUUCCCAUUUGGUGAUGACAACCUCGACUUUCCCAGUCGUUUCAGAAAUGGAAGCUAGGGUCAUGCACAAGACUACCCUUUUGUUUUCUUUUGGAAUGAUUUUAGCAGCACUCCAUUGUACCCCUCCCCCCAACUUUCCCUGCCAUGACUUCAGCCAAUCAUGAUGGCCUGGCCUUUUGCAUAGAAAGUAGCUGAUACUGAGCAUGUGAGGAUUUUCAGGAGUCACUUUAGGAGCUGACAUGAAGAUAUUAAAGGAAUAUAGAGUUUGCUCCCCUCUCACCUGUAGUAACAUCAGUAAUAAAUGCCGCCAUUUUUGGAUGAGUCAUUCUGUCAGUGUCAUUCAGUAGCUUCCCUGAAGAUCCCCAUGCAGUUUAGUCGAUGGUUGCAUUCGGGAUGUUGAACUCGACAGACUAGUAGGCCCAAGUUUCAGUCCCUGCACUGUGCUGUUGUGCCAACCAGCCUCAGCAAAAGGGAUAGUGAGUUUGCCAUGAUGCCAUGGUUAGGGAGCUUCUGACUGAAACCCCAUCACAGUGUGUUGGUGGUGGGUGAAGGCGGAAUGAGAACAGAACCACGGUUGCCUGCGAUAGUUUACCAUCCAGGUCACAUGUGGGGAAAAUGGGCACGGGGUCAUGUGAGUUUGCGCGCUAUAUUCCAGGGGGGGGAAAGAAAAACAUCAGUCCCUUCAGAAACAGGGGAAAAAAAUUGGAGACAAGGGGAAGUAAAGUCAACGCUAUUUUUAAGUCACUUUACCCACCCGGGCCCUAUCCAAGAAACGGUAGCUCUCCCCCGCCCACGGUUCGGCCCAUCCACCCGUUUGGCUCAGACUUGGCAAAGCCUCCCCCAACCCCCGAACACGAGCAAUGUCCGUGAAUGACUACCUCUGGAAACAUGAGCAUGAACAAAGCAUCCCAGACAGCAGCAGGGACGGAAGCAGGAGAGAGUCUGUGUACUGGCAGAGAAUUGGCUUGCUUUGUAAUUUAAUUUCUUUCACACCGGAAUUAACAUUUUCUUAUUUUUAACAAAUAGUGGGAGUGGAGGAAUUUUAGAAAAGUAGUGGGUUCUUUUCUAUAUAUAUAUAUUCUAUAUGUAUAUUAUAUAUAUGACAUAUAAAAGGCACUCAGAGACGAUACCCAGGGCAUUGUUGCGUUUGAGUAUCGAAACCUAAUUUGUUAGUGAUAUCACCGAGCACUUAACUCUGCUGUAAAUAUCAUGUACACAAUAUUUCCUAUUGUCAUUGUGCUGCCACAUUUACAUUUACUCCAGUUAUUAAAGCCUUUUUGUUAGCCUGGACAGUCAGUACGCUGUUCCUUCCUGUAAUAUACUACAGUUUUUGUUUCGCGUUUUUGUAAGGAAAUAGGUACACUUAUAUCUCAAAGUACUUCAGAUCCAUGUCUCGGGAAGAGGGGGCUCAAGCCCAACAUGCAAAGCCUGGGUGAAAGUCUUCCUGAAUUGGCAGCUGUAAAGAAUCUAGAGGAGGCAGGGGGAGGGGGAGACCUCUCUGGUUUCUGCUGAGCACUAAGUUUCUGCUUGUUUGCCUGGCCGUACUACUCAGGACAGUCAGAGGAUGUUCAGGCAAUUGGAAACUCCCAUCACAGAGAGAGAGAGAGAGUGGGGAGCCUGGUCAAAGUCCGAUCCUUUGGAGAACACUCUCAGUUUAGGAGCGACAGGCCCCAGUCAAAAGUGCAAGGUUGAGAUCGCACCCAGAAUCUGACUGAGUACAUGAUUCCGUAGCAACACAGUAGAAUCCCCCCAAGAGCUCGGAUUCAUCGAUUCCCAUGCUGCCCGUUCCUCUGGAAACUUGGCAUCUCUGUUUAAUGUCCACUGUGCUCAAGGCUUACUGUUCAAUACCGUGAAAUCAAGAAACAGGGAACAGCUCCCUCCUCAAAAUGUGUUGCUCAAUCCCUACUCCUUUUGAAAACAACCCUAUAAAAUAUUUAAUAUGAAAAGGACGGAUGGAGGUAAGGACUCAUCUGGCCACUGUAUGUAGUGACAUUGAGAGAUUGGCAAUUUCACUGGAGAUACAAUGGCAUUUGAGAUGUCAUUGCACAUAUUGGCCUGAAACAUUUCCACCAUGGGGUCUCUCUCUCUCUCUGGCUUCAGGUGAUUGGAAAUUAUUCAACCCUUGGUUUUCUGUGUGCUUCUCUUUAGUGUUUUAAAUCAGGGCACCAGGAUAUGUCAAUAGGAUUUUUUUUUGUAGAUAUAUAUUUUGAAGAAUCUUUGUAAUACUACCUGUGAAGGCUGACAAAAAGGACGCUCUGUUUUGAAAUAAAAUGUCCUCCUUGAUCAUUGUAUUGUAUAGGAACAUUACCACCUUGGCCAAUAGCAAUGGACUGUUUGUUUUAAUUAUUAUUUCCUCUCAUGAUAUUAGGGUGCACAGGCAAAACGGGACUAUCUUUAACUCCCAGUAUCGUGGUCCACAUUCCAGCGCGGGGCUCGAGUUCACAAAGGCAUGAGUCCAUACCAAGUCUGGACAGGCAGAAUGGGGGUCACCGUGGCAUGGGAUGUGGGGGAUGGAGUUUGUCAUUGGAAGCUUUCCCAGUGGGUCGCACUUUGUCUGUGAAUUGUUUGGCUCCAGAAAUUAUUCGUUUCAAAAUUUGUGGAACUAGUUUUACAAAUUAGCCAACCCUCGUCGCUGCAGAAUAACAGCACACAAAGCUGCAGCAACUCUGUUUUCAUGCACUUGGCGAAUUUACAUGCAGUUAAUUCCUCCUGAGAAAAACCAGAAUUUUUCUAUGUUUGGCAACACGAUCAAGAGAACAAGCCGACCAGAUCAAUCCUCAUCACUUUCAACUUCUUAGAAUUCCUCGCUAAUCCUUGUCAAGUUCUAAAUAUAAUGGAAGACAUUGUCUUUGCUCUCCUCCUCGCAUCCUCAUCGGGAUGGGACCUGGGCUGAUCAAACUGGAUCUGAACUGAGCCCCAGGCAAUCCUGGGCAUCUUGCCUUGAACCCCAAAGCCACCUCUUCUAUUUGCACCGAGAGCUUUUAUUAGCUGGAAAUCUGAGGGCAGACGUUGGGAAAGUGUCGCCUUUCGACAAGUGUGAAUUAAACUGCCAAGCAGUAUGAGGAUCAACGGCUUGAGCUAUGUGUGGGGGCAUAGCCGUAACCUUUAAGUGUGAUUCCUAAUAACGCCCACCUGACCCAUAAAGGACAAAAAACUUAGUUCACUCCAAUCAGUACCUUUUCUUUACUAAACAUUUAAAAAUGGAGUUCUUCUGUCCUCAGUAUUCCUUCCUUUCACCUCCUAGAGUCUUUACAACCUAAUCUUCAUCAGAUCUGAUUAUUACAUACAAUCUUCGAGUAAAAAGUGAGGUCUGCAGAUGCUGGAGAUCAGAGCUGAAAAUGUGUUGCUGGUUAAAGCAC